UGCUUUUGUCCUUUUCACAGACGUUCACCGGCCGCUAGCGCUCCUAUCCAACAUGUCGGCUUCGUGUGUGUUCCCCAUGUGUGUCCGGGCGAGCCGCGGCCUCCUGAGGCUCAGCAGCGGGGCGGCCGGUGCCUCUUCCCAGGCUGUGGUGGACAUCAUCCGGACACUGUCCACGGACAAGCCGCCGGCCGGAACGGGCAGCGCGACGGGCGGACUGGCUCAGGCUAUCCUCCAGGAGAGGCUCCAGCAGCAGCAGCAGCAGAGCCAGCCUCCUCCUGAAGGAGGUGAAGGCGAGAGGGAGGGAGAACAGGCAGAGGACAAGAAGCAGAAGGAGAACACCGCUUACGCUAAGAAGAUGGUGCUGCGGCUGGCGGGACUCAUGGGACUUGGCGGUGCAGUCGGCAUGGUCUACUUAUUCGGCACUAAUUCAGUGGACGAACAAGGAAACGUGAUUCCAGAUGAGUUCGACAGAGACCCUCCAGUCGUCCAACAGUUGAAAAGAACCUUCAAAUACUUCAAGGACUACAGACAGAUGAUCAUCGAGCCGACGAGCCCGAAGCUGCUGCCCGACCCCCUGAAGGAGCCGUACUACCAGCCUCCCUACACUCUGGUGCUGGAGCUCACCGACGUCCUGCUGCACCCGGAGUGGUCGUUGUCGACAGGUUGGCGUUUCAAGAAACGUCCGGGCAUCGACUACCUGUUCCAGCAGCUCGCACCGCUCUACGAGAUCGUCAUCUUCACGGCAGAGACCGGCAUGACGGCGUAUCCUCUGAUCGACAGCAUCGACCCUCAGGGUUUCGUCAUGUAUCGUCUCUUCAGAGAUGCAACACGCUACAUGGAGGGGCAUCAUGUCAAGGACGUGUCGUGUCUGAACCGGGACACCAGCAAGGUGAUCGUGGUGGACUGUAAACGGGAGGCGUUCAGCCUGCAGCCCUUCAACGGCAUGGCUCUGAAGAAAUGGGACGGAAACUCGGAGGACCGGACGCUCUAUGACCUCGCCAACUUCCUCAAGACCAUCGCUCUGAGCGGGGUGGAGGACGUGCGUUCAGUGUUGGAGAACUACGCUCUGGAGGAGGACCCCAUCGAGGCCUUCAAACGCAGACAGGCUCAGCUGGCACUGGAGGAGGAGCAGCGUCUGGCCGAGCUCUCCCAGCAGAAGAAGCAGGGAGUCUCUCUCGGCUCCAUCGCCAUGCGUUUCUGGCGCUCCAAACAGCAGUGAGCCCCGCCCCCUCUUACACUUCCACCAAUCGCAGCCAGGAUGUCCAUCUGCGUUGAGGUGAGGCGCCAGAGGAGGGGGUGGGUGGGGGGAUGGGGGGGCGGAGACCUGCGGACUGUAGCCGAGCGGUCGCCGCCGUCACAAGCAACCAAUCAUGUCUCGGUGGGAGGGUCUACGGUGCUGGAACACUGGCCGGCCUCUGCACCAAUGAGAGAGGCACUUCCUGGUUUUGGGGGGCGGGGCUUCGGGGCCCCCUCCCUGGAUCAUCUUGGUGUCACCUGAAAUGUAUCAAGCUGCUUGAUUGGUUAAAACAAGCGACAGAGAGAGACGCUUAGGGUCACGUUAAACUCUUGUUGUUGGCGGUUGGAGGCUGUUCUGAGAUCAGCGCUGCUAUCGCCACUCCAGCGCUGGUCGGCGCCGCCGCUCACAGGAUCUGACCUGAGAUCAGCAGAGCUCUGUCCUGUACCACACCUUCAGAAUGUGUAUUUUAUUUCCUAUUCCUGUGUGUGUGUGUGUGUCGCGAACUGUGCUGAUGGCUGCUGGAGACGAUGUUAAAGUAAUAAAUAUUGUUUAUAAUAAAAAAAAAAAAUUCUUAGGAGUCUAUUCAGUAUGUGCGGCGGCGACUGCGGCGUGGACGUGCAAUCGCCCCUGGCUUGUGGCCGCAAUGAAAACUGGCAGCUGAGCCCAGUGGUGGAGAGAGGAAAUGAAGAAUUAAACCACUUUCUUUCCUCCUGAUAACAUUUACACACCAGAUAAAAUCUGCAAAUCCUCUAAAAAGACUCAACAACAUGUCAGUGUGACUUCCUGUCUGUGGCUCCUUCUGAAGACGUGAGUCUCUUCACAUAUAACACACGUGUAUAAUUGCAUAGGAGGUCUGUUUUUUUUACAAUUCUUUUUGUGAGAUUUCUAGUCCAUCUUAAUUCUCUUAUCCUUGGCUCUCCCUCCCCGGAGAGACCAACCAUCCGGACAGAGAACCCAUGACGGAGAGGACGGUGUUUCAGGCUCAGCUGCUGUUCUUCAUGUGCUCGUUAAAGACUCUGUGACUCACGUUGAUGUGAACUCACCAUCGACAUUCUCAAUAAAGGAAGGAAACAAA